UGAUGGAGCAGAUCCGUCACGCGCAAUUACGCGUUAAAGCGCACGCGAGUUAUUGCGACUUUAUUCAACAGCGCGGAUUUCAGCACAUCAUAAUGAUGAUUAAACAUGGAAAUAUAACAGUUCCACCGUAACAACGAGCAGACACGAAUGGGUCGCUUUGAAGGAACUCUGCGGUUCGGGAUAUCCCAUGAGAGAUGUGUGCCACCUACAUGACCGUGCCACCCUGACCGUGCCACCCUAGUGCUUGACUGGUGACCCUGAAGAAAGUAGUAGCCCGGACACAUCGGCCAGAUCUGUCUCACCUGUACGAUCCGCUCAUCUCCACGGAGCUGCUUUUAUUUUUCAUCUCGUACCCACCUGCAGGAGGCGCUGCAAUGAAUAACCCUCAUAUUUUCACACAUUACAAUUACACAGGGAAACUAGACAAUCGUAACGCCACCGAGGGGGCGCCGUUGACCCCUAAAACAUUGGUGUUUUUGGUCAUAUGCAGUCUCAUCGUCUUGGAGAACUUGAUAGUCUUGGUGGCGAUAUGGCAAAACAACAGAUUCCAUAAUCGGAUGUUCUUUUUUAUUGCUAACCUGGCGUUAUGUGACCUACUCGCUGGUGUCACCUACAUAGUCAACCUGUUGAUGUCAGGUCACCGGACGCUACAGCUGUCCACUGCCGAGUGGUUUGUGCGCGAAGGAAGUAUGUUUGUAGCCCUGGGCGCUUCCAUCUUCAGCCUGUUUGCGAUUGCUAUUGAGCGGCACCUCACUAUGAUUAAAAUGAGGCCGUAUGAUGCCAACAAAAAAUACAGGGUGUUUUUGCUAAUAGGGAUGUGUUGGUUGAUCGCAAUCACCCUGGGGGCACUGCCCAUCUUGGGCUGGAAUUGUCUCGAAAACCUUCCAAAAUGUUCGACCAUCUUACCUCUCUACAGCAAGUACUACGUAGCAUUCUGCAUCACCAUCUUCAUAUCGCUGCUGCUGGCGAUGUCCGUGCUCUACACCCGAAUUUACGUCCUCGUCAAGUCCAGCAGCCGCAAAGUGACCAAGCACAGCACCUCCGAGCAUUCCAUGGCUCUCCUGCGAACCGUUAUCAUCGUGGUGGGCGCCUUCAUCGCCUGCUGGACGCCCAUCUUCGUGGUCCUGCUUGUCGACGUGGCCUGUGGACCCCGGAAGUGCCCGAUUCUGCACAAAGCGGAUUGGUUCAUAGCCCUGGCGGUUCUGAAUUCCGCCAUGAAUCCGGUGAUCUACACGCUAGCGAGUAGGGAAAUGCGACGAGCGUUUUAUAAGCUAGUAUGCGGGUGUUUGGUGGCUGAAGAUGGGGUAGAGUGUAAACAAAACACAGACCCUAGUAGAAGCAAGUCUAGCUCGAAUUGCCAGCGGGCGGCUGAACAAGACAUCGUCGAAACACAUAACACACAAAAUCAACCUGCUAACGAUAACAAGAGUGAAUCCUAGUGCAUAUAGUGGACAUGUUUGAGGCCUAAAGACCAAGUAUACUUCGGUUGUCUGCGUGCCGCUAUGUGUUCAUCAUUAGCAGGAAUGUUCGUGUCGUAUGAGCCUUUCACUGACUGUGCAAAAGCAGUGUUCAUCUCAUCAACACAAUUACUGACAAAAAUGAAGAAUCAUUUACAACGUGACUUUCUUUCUUCUGCUAAACACAAAUUAUGAUUUUCAGUAGAAUAUCUCAGCUCUGUAGGUCCUUACAAUGCAAGUGAAUGGUGACCAGAACUUUGAAGGUCUCAAAAGCACAUAAAGGCAGCAUAAAAUCCGUGUCUUCAGAAGUGAUAUGAUAGCAGGGACGGAUUAUGACUUGCAAAGGCCCUGGGGCCAAUUAUCUCCAAGGGCCCAAGGCUUUGUUGGUCAUGCCCAAAAGUUGUGGAGCAGCAGGGUGUUCGUUGUUUAUGGCCAAAAGAGUUUUCGAGUGGGGGGAUCACCAAACUAGAUCACGCAACCUUAAAGCCCAGGGCCCCCUGGGCAGUCAAGGGCCCCCUGGUAGUCAAGGGCCCCUGGGCACUGGCCCCAUUUGCCUGGUUGGUAAUUCGUCCCUGUAUGAUAGGUGUGGGUGAAAAACAGAUCAAUAUUUCAGUGCUUUUCUACUAUAAAUUCUCCUCCCUGCCCAGUAGGUGGUGUAUGCAUAAAGAAUGGGAAUCACCAAAUUAAAACAUUGAUUAAACCACUGGAGUCUAAUGGAUUACUUUUAUACUGCCUUUAUGUGCUUUUUAGAACUUCAAAGUUCUGGUCACCAUUCACUUGCAUUGUAUGUAUUACUUUUAUACUGCCUUUAUGUGCUUUUUAGAACUUCAAAGUUCUAGUCACCAUUCACUUGCAUUGUAUGGAUUACUUUUAUGCUGCCUUUAUGUGCUUUUUAGAACUUUAAAGUUCUAGUCACCAUUCACUUGCAUUGUAUGGAUUACUUUUAUGCUGCCUUUAUGUGCUUUUUAGAACUUCACAGUUCUAGUCACCAUUCACUUGCAUUGUAUGGAUUACUUUUAUGCUGCCUUUAUGUGCUUUUUAGAACUUCAAAGUUCUAGUCACCAUUCACUUGCAUUGUAUGGAUUACUUUUAUACUGCCUUUAUGUGCUUUUUAGAACUUCAAAGUUCUAGUCACCAUUCACUUGCAUUGUAUGGAUUACUUUUAUGCUGCCUUUAUGUGCUUUUUAGAACUUUAAAGUUCUAGUCACCAUUCACUUGCAUUGUAUGGAUUACUUUUAUGCUGCCUUUAUGUGCUUUUUAGAACUUCACAGUUCUAGUCACCAUUCACUUGCAUUGUAUGGAUUACUUUUAUGCUGCCUUUAUGUGCUUUUUAGAACUUCAAAGUUCUAGUCACCAUUCACUUGCAUUGUAUGGAUUACUUUUAUGCUGCAUUUAUGUGCUUUUUGGAACUUCAAAGUUCUAGUCACCAUUCACUUGCAUUGUAUGGAUUACUUUUAUGCUGCCUUUAUGUGCUUUUUAGAACUUCAAUGUUCUAGUCACCAUUCACUUGCAUUGUAUGGAUUACUUUUAUGCUGCAUUUAUGUGCUUUUUAGAACUUCAAAGUUCUAGUCACCAUUCACUUGCAUUGUAUGGAUUACUUUUAUGCUGCCUUUAUGUGCUUUUUAGAACUUCACAGUUCUAGUCACCAUUCACUUACAUAGUAUGGAUUACUUUUAUGCUGCAUUUAUGUGCUUUUUGGAACUUCAAAGUUCUAGUCACCAUUCACUUGCAUUGUAUGGAUUACUUUUAUGCUGCCUUUAUGUGCUUUUUAGAACUUCAAAGUUCUAGUCACCAUUCACUUGCAUUGUAUGGAUUACUUUUAUGCUGCCUUUAUGUGCUUUUUAGAACUUCAAAGUUCUAGUCACCAUUGACUUGCAUUGUGAGGACCAAUAGAGCUGCGAUAUUCUUCUAAAAAUCUUAAUUUGUGUUCUGCAGAAGAAAGAAAGUUACACAUCUGGGAUGGCAUGAGGGUGAUUCAAUGAUCAGAGAAUUUUCAUUUUUGGGUGAACCGUCCCUUUAACAAUGCACUAACUAUUUAUGCACUAUUAAUUUAUUUUUAAAGUAACAUUCAAUGUUCAAAUCAAGCUCAAUUGACAACAUUUGUGGCAAAAGUUAAUUUCGACUUGUCUUUAAAAAAAGCAAUGGAAGUGAAUGGGUUGCCUUUUUUGGGGGGGGGUUAAGUUUGCACAGAGAUGAUUUCACCUCUAAAGGACUAAAUUGUGACAAUUGUGAUUUUUGUCAUUUUGCACAUCAUCAUCAACUAAACCGUGAUACUUUUGUCGACUGAAAUGAUAAAAAAACACUUAGCGCUUGACCAUCUCGCGGAAAAACGAAGUAUACCCUAGCCUUAAAAGUCAAACGCUUGACGUGCUCACUAAAUUGCACACUACAGCAUUAGUGCAUGGUAUAGAAAGCACUAUAGAACUAUAGUAUGCACUUUGAGUCCACAUUAAAGCAUAAGUGCAUACUGACGUGCACAUUAAAGCAUUAGCACAUGCUAAAGUGCACAUUACAACAUUAGCACAUGCUAAAGUGCACAUUACAACAUUAGCACAUGCUAAAGUGCACAUUACAACAUUAGCACAUGCUAAAGUGCACAUUACAACAUUAGCACAUGCUAAAGUGCACAUUACAACAUUAGCACAUGCUAAAGUGCACAUUACAACAUUAGCACAUGCUAAAGUGAGCGGAUCUGCUAGUAAAGAUCAGUUUUAAUGAUGAGUCUUCAAGUGCGGUUCAAACACAUACAGCACUAAAGAGACUUAUGUCUUGCACAAUCAGUAGCAUCAAGCGUUUUAGCUUAAAUUCAGGAUUAUUAAACCCAAAUCUCACGAUUCUAGCUGGUCACAGAAUUAUGUAGCACUAUAAUUAAUGAUGGACUAUACUCUGUAUGUACUGUAUAUUGGAUACCCAGGUGUGGAUAUAGUGUAUACUAGCAUGUUCUAGCAUAGUCUGUAUGACACGUGGUGAAAACUUAAAUAAUUUAAUUGCAACAUAUGACUGAGAAUAUAUGAUGUAUGUAUGGUGUAAUGUGUAUUAAAUGUAUGCAUUUUAAGAUUAAAGGCGCAAUGCCUUAAACCAGUAGUGACCAGGUGAUUCCAUGUUUGUAGGUCUGGAACAUCAUAAGGAAUAAUGUAAUAGCGCCAUCUGCUGGAUACACAUAUGCAUUGCAUGACAAACUGUUAUUAUCAUCAUUUAUAUGAUCUGAUCUCCUUUUGUACAAUGCAGAGUCAUGUGUUAAAAGCAUUAAAGUCAG